AUGGACAAAUUGAAAAGCGUAGCGAAAGGCGGCUGGAAGCCCGCCGGCGAUCCAAAAAUCAGUCGUGACACCUGGAAAGAAGACCUCAAGGGUAUGGCAACGGGGAAAAAAUCCGAUCCGCAUGAGGCCACGCGAAACCACACUUCGGCGCCGUUGAAGACGUUGAAAGAUCCGGAUUCUUUUGGUGCUCCGCCGAAGCAUACGGGGGUUUAUGGCAAUGCUGCGAAUGUUCCAUCCUCGUCAUCCGCAUACUCAGAGCCAUCUGGUGGGCUCGGAUCGCCUAUCCCUACGCCAUCUCGGAGGCAGCAGCAGGAGGUGGUGGAGGAGGAAGAAGUGAAAGGCCCGCCGAAACCGUAUAGCAAAGACACGACUGGAUUACGGACAGACAACCUGCCGAAACCUCCCAUACGAAGAGGAGAUGCGGCAGCAGGAAGUAGUAGUAGUCCUGCCCGAACAGCCUCGCCCAGCCUGCCACCUCGACAAACUCCUGGUCUACCGACGCGACAAGCGAGUAGGCCUCCACCUUCACUACCUCCACGUAUGACGGAGAAUCCGAGCGAGUGGACGCCUGCACCUCCUCCCACUUAUGGUGAGGCGACACAAUCACCUAUCCAUGAUCCAGCCGCUAUAGCCCAGGGAGCAGCGACCCGGCUAUCUCAAGCCGGAGUCUCUGUCCCAGGCUUCGGCAUCGGAUCUCCCACUUCCUCGACUCAGCCACAAGCGCCUUCAGCACCGAGAGGACCACAGCUUACGAUUCUCACGGAUGAACACUGGAUCUUCGCCCACACAGCCGUCUGCUCCUACGGCACCAUCUGCGCCUGUAGCAGCAGUGGCAGCAGCGAAGAAGCCGCCGCCGCCUCCACCGCCAAAGAGGAGUGCGUUGCAUAG